AUGGCCACGUCCAUCGCCACCACCGCUACUCCAGUUCUCUCCCGAUCACUCUACCGCUCCUCCGCCGUCGCCGCCGGCCCAGCUCCAAAACCACCGCCGCAUCUCCCCAAACCCCAAAUCCUCACCACCCUCACGGCCACUUUCGCCGCCACCACAAUUCUGUCGGCCGGCCUCCCAUCCCUAGCCGAACCGAGCAAUUACUCCCUCUACUACGGGACGGCGGCCAGCGCAGCCAAUUACGGUGGCUACGGCGGAAACUCCGACAAGAAAGCCUCCGCCGAAUACGUCUACGACGUCCCUGAGGGGUGGAAGGAGCGCCUGGUCUCCAAAGUCGAGAAGGGCACCAACGGCACCGACAGCGAGUUCUUCAACCCGAAGAAGAAGACCGAAAAGGAGUACCUGACUUUCCUCUCCGGAUUCCGCCAGCUGGCUCCCCGCGACGCCGUGCUCGACAAUUUGGCCCUCUCCGACGUUGAUCUCCAGGAUUUGAUCGCCACGGCGGAGGGCGUGAGGAGCGAGGAGAAGAAGGACGAGAACGGCCAGGUCUAUUACGAGUACGAGAUCGAUGGAGUUGGGAAGCACAGCUUGAUUAAGGUGACUUGUGCUAGGAAUAAGCUCUAUGCUCAUUUUGUAAGCGCGCCGGCGGCAGAGUGGAACCGUGAUCAGGAUACUUUGAGGCAUCUCCAUGAAUCCUUCAAGACUGUUGGUUGA